CUUGUGAUCCAAAUAACAAACGUCUCCGCCAGAUAAAGGAUCAAAUUCUAGCAGAUUCAAGGUACAAUCCCAGGAUCCUUUUCCAGCUUCUUCUGGAUACGGCUCAAUUUGAAUUCAUUUUGAAAGAGAUGUUCAAGCAGAUGCUGUCAGAAAAACAAACAAAAUGGGAGAACUAUAAAAAAGAGGGAUCUGAAAGGAUGACUGAGCUUGCUGACGUCUUCUCAGGAGUUAAACCUCUUACUAGAGUGGAGAAAAAUGAAAACCUUCAGGCUUGGUUCAGAGAAAUCUCCAAGCAAAUAAUGUCUCUAAACUACGAUGAUUCCACUGCAGCAGGCAGAAAAACUGUGCAGCUAAUACAGGCAUUGGAGGAGGUCCAAGAGUUUCACCAGCUGGAAACUAACCUGCAAGUUUGCCAGUUUCUGGCUGACACCCGCAAAUUUCUCCAUCAGAUGAUCCGAACUAUCAACAUUAAAGAAGAGGUCUUGAUCACCAUGCAGAUAGUUGGUGAUCUUUCUUAUGCUUGGCAAUUAAUUGACAGCUUUACAUCUAUUAUGCAGGAAAGCAUAAGAGUUAGUCCAUCUAUGGUAACUAAACUCAGAGCCACGUUCCUAAAACUUGCUUCUGCUCUUGACUUGCCACUUCUCCGCAUCAAUCAAGCAAAUAGUCCUGAUCUUCUCAGUGUAUCACAGUAUUAUUCUGGCGAGUUGGUCUCCUACGUAAGAAAGGUUCUACAGAUAAUUCCAGAAAGCAUGUUUACAUCUCUUCUCAAAAUUAUAAAGCUUCAGACUCAUGAUAUUAUUGAAGUGCCUACUCGCCUUGAUAAGGACAAGCUACGAGAUUAUGCUCAGCUUGGACCACGAUAUGAGGUUGCCAAGCUAACCCACGCAAUUUCAAUCUUCACUGAAGGUAUCCUCAUGAUGAAAACUACUUUAGUUGGUAUCAUCAAGGUGGACCCAAAACAGUUACUGGAGGAUGGAAUAAGGAAGGAGCUGGUAAAACGGGUAGCCUUAGCUCUUCACAGGGGACUCAUCUUUAAUCCUAGAGCCAAGCCAAGUGAACUGAUGCCCAGAUUGAAAGAAAUGGCAGCUACAAUGGAUGGGUUCCAUCGAUCGUUUGAAUAUAUCCAGGAUUAUGUCAACAUAUAUGGUUUAAAAAUUUGGCAAGAGGAAGUGUCUCGUAUUAUUAACUACAACGUGGAACAGGAAUGCAAUAACUUCUUAAGAACAAAGAUUCAAGACUGGCAAAGCAUAUACCAGUCUACUCAUAUUCCUAUACCGAAAUUCACACCUGUGGAUGAAUCUGUAACAUUUAUUGGUCGGCUUUGUAGAGAAAUCCUAAGGAUCACAGACCCAAAAGUCACGUGUUACAUUGACCAAAUGAACACCUGGUAUGAUGUCAAAACUCAUCAGGAAGUAACCAAUAGUCGUCUCUUCUCAGAGAUCCAAGAUACUUUAGGUACCUUUGGUCUCAAUGGUUUAGACAGGCUCCUGUGUUUCAUGAUUGUAAAGGAGCUGCAGAAUUUCCUCAGUAUGUUUCAGAAAAAUAUAUUGCGUGACAGGACAGUACAGGAUACCUUAAAAGCACUUAUGAAUGCUGUCAGUCCUCUAAAAGGAAUUAUAGCAAAUUCAAACAAGGUUUAUUCCGCAGCAAUUGCAAAAACUCAGAAGAUCUGGACAGCAUAUUUAGACUCCAUAAUGAAGGUUGGUCAGAUGCAGAUUUUAAGACGACAGAUUACCAAUGAAUUAAAUUAUUCCUGCAGGUUUGACUCCAAGCAUUUGGCGGCUGCCUUGGAAAAUCUCAACAAAGCAAUACUGGCUGACAUUGAAGCACAUUAUCAGAACCCAUCACUACCUUAUCCUAAAGAAGACAACACUCUCUUGUAUGAAAUCACAGCUUAUUUAGAAGCAGCUGGCAUUCACAACCCAUUAAAUAAGAUCUACAUAACAACAAAACGUCUGCCAUAUUUUCCCACUGUCAACUUCCUAUUUCUCAUUUCCCAGUUCCCGAAACUCCAGUACAACAGAAAUUUAGGAGUGGUGUGCAAGCGGCCAGCUGAUCAAAUUGACUGGCUUCCUUUAGUUCUGGGACUCCUUACCCUGUUGAAACAGUUUCACUCAAGAUACACAGAACAAUUUCUGGCUCUCAUCGGUCAGUUUAUUCGUUCAACAAUGGAACAGUGCACAAGCCAGAAGAUACCAGAAAUGCCUGCUGAUGUAGUGGGUUCCCUCAUGUUCCUGGAAGAUUACAUUCGCUACACAAAGUUACCAAGAAAGGUUGUUGAAGCCCAUGUGCCUAGCUUCAUUUUUGAUGAAUUCAGAACUGUUCUGUGAAUACAGAGAAGGACCAAGUCUUUCCCCCAAACCUGAAACGAGAAGUUGGGGACGGAGGGUGAGACAAGUACCGCAUUUCAGAACUAUCUUUUCUGUGCUUGAAGGCAGUACUUACAACUGUCUCUAUGAAAUGUAACCAUCAGCCCUAGUCUAUAUAGUUAACACCUGUUUAAAUCUUGGCAUGAUACGCAAUUUGUAUCUCAGCCAAACAGUGUACAUUUUGUACUGCCAUUAUAAAUGCUGUAUGUAAUUGUUUAUGUAUAAAUCACUUAGCUUUUUCUUCUGAAGAACUAUUUGUGGAAGUUUGACUUUUGUAUCACAAAUGAAC